UUUUGCUAUUUUGUUUCAACUAAAAAAGACACUUUUCCGCCAAAAGGAAAAAAAUGGUAUCUCUCCGCUUCCCAUUCUCGUUUCCUCAGCCACCAAAGCCCCCCCGUCGUACCUUUCUCCGUCCCUCUUACGCUGCCGCUGUCGCUGCCGGCGGCGCUGCUGCGGCAGUCGGAUUUGUCGCUGCAGCUAGGAACUCGACCAACCCACAAACCCCAUUUCUUGAAUGCGCAUUGAAUUUGCUCUUCUCAAGUCAUUCAUCUCCCUUGUGGGCUUCUCUCUCUCUGGCGGAAAAUUCGGCCGCCUCUUCAGUUGUUGAUUCCAAGACUGGAUUUUCAUUUCCCUCUGUCAUUGGAGAUUCUCAGCAGCUUCUUGGAAUUGGGUUGCGAAGAAAAGCCAUUUUGGGACUGAAGAACAUCAACGUUUAUGCAUUUGGUGUUUAUGCUGACAAUGAUGACAUAAAGGAAUCACUGAGUGAGAAGUAUGGGAAACUCACUGUAACUGAACUACAAGAAAAGGACUUUGACAAAGAUGUCAUGGAAUGUGACAUAUGCAUGACUGUUAGACUUCAAAUUGUCUAUGGAAAACUGAGCAUCCGAUCGGUUCGAAGUGCAUUUGAAGAGUCUGUUGGAAACCGACUCCAGAAGUUUGGGGGUUCAGACAACAAAGAAUUGCUUGACAAAUUCACUUCCCAAUUCAAAGACGAGUACAAAAUACCUCGAGGAUCGGUGAUCGAUCUCUCAAAAGAACGAGGGCAUGUCCUCCGUACAAUCAUUGAUGGAAAGGAAGUGGGAAGCAUCCAGAGCCAACUGUUGUGUAGAGCCAUUUUAGAUCUCUAUAUUGGUGAAGAUCCAUUUGAUAAACAAGCCAAAGAAGACGUCAGACAAGCGUUAACUUCUAUUCUUCAGAAGUAAUAGCCAAAAAACAAAGGGAGAGAAAAAUGAGGAGAUUGGUGCUUCCUUCUUGUUUUGAUAUUGCUGAUGUUUAAAAUGGAGAUUUUUUUUGGUCAAUUUGCAUUGUGCCCUCUUUUAACCUUAAUUUCAUUCUCUUCUUUUUCUUUUUAGAGAAUCGAAAUUCUAACUUAGUAAUUAAUAUUGUACAAGUUUUAUUGUUUUUUGACACUUUGAUUUGAAGUUUGUUUCUAUCUUACGUGGGGCAUUCUAAUUACUUGUAGUUGUACCUUA